AUGCCCUCGAGUGCGUUGCGAGCUCUGCGCGAUAAGCGUGCAUAUAAUCGCAAGCAAACCUCAACGAGUCCAACGCUUGACCUCAUCUUGCAACGGACGACUUCUUCAUUGACGCUGAUUGGGGCACUCAUCGAUUCAAUGAAGCAGUACUGCAGGACGACUCCUCAGACCUGUACACGGUCCUGCUGCACUGCUCCACUCCGCCCAAACGACGUUCCGGUUCUUGAAGAAUCUGCGGGUGAAAUUUUCAACGAACAGCUCGACUUCGCCGCUGUGUUCCAGUCGAUUCUCGGAGAAAAACGUCCCCGCACCAGCAGCGUCUCGCAAACAUCACUGUGCGAUCGCUUCAGCAGCAGCUGGACAAACCAACAGCAUAAGCCGCCCUCAAGCACCUCCAGUCGCCGUGUCCUCCUCGGUCACGCUCAGUGCCGAUCCAUCUCCGGCACCGCCUGCCGCCGGCCCCACGCCAUGGCGGAAGAUCCUGCACGUGCUGGCCUUCUUGCCCGGGAGCUGCACAAGCUGUACGUGCAUGUGGCCGCCAUCCAGGAAGUUCGAUGGCCCGGUCAUGGAGAGCGAGAAUUCACGGCGGUGGACCCCAUCGCCAACACCUCUUUCAAGUACCACAUCUACUACAGUGGCGGCGAAAAGGCGAUGCACGGAGUCGGUUUCGUAGUGAUUGGGGAUCAGAAGAACCGAGUCAUCAAGUGGAAGGUGGUGAAUGACCGGAUCUGCGUGUUGAGAAUAAAGGGCAAAUUCUUCAACUACAGCCUGAUCAACAUCUACGCGCCGACGAACGACAAGCCCGAUGACGAUAAAGACGCUUUCUACGAGCGUCUCGACAAGACCUAUGGAGAGUGCCCAAGACACGACGUGAAGAUAGUCAUCGGAGACGCAAACGCGCAGGUCGGAAGGGAAGCCUUCUUCCAUCCUGUCAUCGGCAAGGAGAGCCUUCAACCUCGCACGAAUGACAACGGCCUACGUUUGGUCAAUUUCGCCGCAGCCAGAGCACCUUCUUUGCGCGCAUGA